GGCAAAAAGUGUUCAGACAUAUCUCAAUUCCUGAAGAAGUUAAGAGGAGUAGGGAAAAUCGACAGAAAGACUGACUAGAUCAAUCGCAACAAGAUCCUUCAGUGAAUGAUUCGGAACAAGAUGAGAAUCAGCUCCAAACAAAGGAUAAGAAGAUAAAAAGUUCAGCAUUACAUCAUAAACACUCCUUUGAACCCGAAGACUGUGACACUAGCAUUUUCCUAUAAUAAACUGUAUAGGCCAAGCAGAUAAAAAUUCAGAUCUUAAGCCAGUCAGAAAAGUUAAAAAGCUGAGAUUAAAAUAAUGCCUGCACAAAUAUAAAAGGGCUUAGCUUUCCGAAAUAAAAUCCUAAAAAGACUAAAGAGAGAAGCUACUCUUCUUCCUUUUGUGAACACCCCCAGUGAUCCUACAGGAAUGAAGAGACUAGACGUUCCUUUGAGAUCAAUGAAGACAAAAGCAAUCAGAUGUCCUUCAAAUAGCUUUGAAAUGUCCUCUCAAGCCCAUUCGAAUAGAGGCAUUCCUAAAUAAUAUCAGCAAUUAUAUUACUAAAAGGAUGAAGAAAGAAGGGUACUUAAAUAGUGAAAUUUCUGAAGCUUCAAAAAAGGCAACAGGUGGUUCAGACAGAGGCUCUCCGUAUAAAAAGAACGUAUCCACAAAAUACGUUGGUAAUCUCAGCAAUUAAUGUUCUAGAUACCCCAAACAUUAAGCUGAGUAUUGCUUUGAAUGUUCAAGAAGAGAAAGAUAAAAAUGCUUCGAGGAAUCCAGUCGAUCAGUCUCUUGAUAGUAGACUUAAGACGCCUAGUAGCACAGUCCUAUAUCAACCUCGACUUUCUUAUGAUUUUUCGUCACUAAAUACUGACUUAAAGAAAUCAAUCGAUAACCAAAAUCGCACAGUAUUUGUUGAGAACAACUCAGAAAGCUACCAAACCUCCAGCUAUUCUGGCUAUCCAAAAUCAUCAAUUUCUAACCCAGAUCCCAUACCUCCCCCAAAAAUCACCAAGUCCACAUCCCCAAAAUCCCCUAUCCCAAAAUCCCCCCUUGCCCCAACAACUCCUCUACCAAAUCCCAUCACAAAACACAACUCAAGACUACAAAACCUCUCCACAUUACCUAAAAUUCCAUUGGCCGUCCUACAGUCUUCCUACGUUCGUAAAUCGACAGCUUUACCUUCUGGCCCUACAGCUUCGUUGCAAGGUGCCUUAAAGACACCUGGCCAGGAGUCCCACCGGACUCCUAGGCUGGGGCCUGAGCAAGGCCACAUCUUUGAAAGCCUGGUCAGGCCAAGACUUGGAUUUGUCAAGGAAAUGCUGGUCAUGGUCAGGAAGAAGGUAAAAUUUCAAGGAAAAAAGGAAGUGCUGAGAUUGAGUAAAGGAAGAGUCAAGAGAUUUGUAGUAAGAAGAGCUACUUUAGAUAAAAAUACACAUGCAGUAGGAGUGAUGAGUGAGUGUAUUAGAAAGAUUAAGGAAGGGAGCUUUGGAGUAGCAGAGCUAGAUUUGUUGAAAGGACAGAAGAGAUUGAAAUAAUACAGCACUUUUGAAGUAUGUGUCAGGUUUGAUGAGAUUGGUACAUAAGCCAUUGAACAAACUACAGAUAUUUAAGAUCGAAAAGUCGUUAUCAAUAAUCGAAUCUCAUCUCUCAAAUAAUUCACAUCAAAGAAAUUCCUCACUUCCUACCCCUAAAAUUCACACCAAAAGAUACAAAUCAAGCUCUCUAUACAGUAAAAUCGCAACUUACUCAGUUUCUCGCCCCAGAGAACUCCAAAAAGCUAAUUACAAAAAGAUAAAACUUCCAAGUAUCAAGCACUAA